AUGAAACGUAUUAACAAUUAUUUUACUAGCAAUGCCAAAAAAAAAUGUACAACUCAAUUGGAUGCUAUUAAAAAUAUAAGUUCUACCCCUUCUGACAGCUCUAAUUGUAAACUUACGACUGAGAAAGUCUUCAACAAAGAACCAUUAUUCUUAACAGAUUCUUGUAAAUUACAAUUUGAAGAUGAUGACAAUGUGACAAAAAAAACAAGGGAAAAUGAUUCCAGUGAUAAUGAUCAUGAUGAUAACAGUGAUAUUACAUCAAAUCUGGAUUAUAUCAAUACAAGUAGUGAUGAUAUUGAUGACUGUAAAUCUGAAGAUGCAAUUUAUGAAGCUAGUGAUUUUACAUCAGUUCCAACAAGUAGCCCAACAGUCAAAACUGUUAAACUAGUUCCUGGACCAAAAGAUCUUUCUCAAACCCUAGAUGAUGGACCAAAACAGCCAAGAUUGGUAACUUACCCUAAAACAAAAUUUGGUAAAAGAAUGAGACAUUUCUCAUCAAAAUGGUUUGAUAUUUAUAAUUGGCUUGAGUAUAGUGUUAUAGAUAAUUCUGCUUUUUGUUUUCCAUGUUGUUUUUUCUCCAAAAACAAAGAUAAACCAAUUUUUAUAAGUGUAGGUUUCAAAAAUUGGAAAAAUGCAUUAGAUCAUAAUUCAGGUUUAAGGAAACAUAACAAUAGUGAAGAACAUAAGAUUUCAAAUACUAUGUGGGUGUCCUACUCAGAUGUGAAAAAAUUAGGUAAUUUGUCAGUGGCAUCUUUGAUAAAUGAAGGUCAUAAGAAAUUAGUUUUAGAAAAUCGAAAUUAUAUUAAGAUUAUUGGGAGAACUUUGCUGUACACUGCUUUACAAGGCAUAGCACAGAGGGGUGACAAUGAAGAAGAAAGUUGUGCUAACCGUGGUAACUUUAUUGAACUCUUAAAUUUAAUCGGUGAUAUUAGUGAUGAAUUUAAAAGUAAAAGAAAAACAUUACCUAAUAAUGCUAAAUAUACAAGCCCUCAAAUCCAGAAUGAAAUAUUUUCAAUUUUCUAUAAAAUGAUCCAUAACAAAAUUAAUGAUGAAUUAAAAAAGUGUCAGUAUUUUUCUAUAAUUGUUGAUGAAACAAAAGAUAUUACAAAAGUGGAACAGUUAUCAGUUAUAUUAAGAUAUUACUUAGAUGGGAUAGUAUAUGAACGUUUCAUGGGUUUUAAAGCUGCACAGUCAUUAACAGCUAGUUCUCUCUUUAAAUAUAUUAAAGAAAUACUUUCUGUCAGUAAUGUUGAUAUAUUGAAAUGUGUUGCUCAGACCUAUGAUGGAGCCAGUGUCAUGAGUGGAAAAAAUAAUGGGGUACAAGCAUUAUUUCGUCAAGAAGUACCCCAGGCUAUAUAUGUACACUGUUACAAUCAUAGGCUUAAUCUUGUAAUUUCUGACGUAUGCAAAAAUAUUCCAACUGUAAAAAUGUUUUUUGAUAUUAUAGAAAAUUUAUACGUAUUUGUAUCUGGUUCUGCUAUACACUCAAAAUUUAUGGAAAUUCAAACAAUUAUGAAAUACAAACCUACUGUUGAACUUAAAAGAAUAUGUUUGACAAGAUGGACGGCUCAAGUCUUUGCUUGCUUAGCAUUAAAGAAAGGUCUUAGUCCACUGCUAGUUUUAUUAAAUAAAUUGAUAUUUGAGCAAGGUGACCGUGCGGCUGAAUCAAAGGGCUUACUACAUUUAAUAGAUUUUGACUUUGUAUUUAAUUUAAAUAUGUUUUGUGAUAUUCUUCAAACUCUAAAAACAACAAGUGAUUAUUUGCAAAAUGUAAAAGCUGAAAUGGCUGAAUCCUUAGUCCUUAUUUCAUCAAUCAUAACUACUUUUAAAACCAUGAGAACUGAUGAAACCGGGAACAACAAUUCCAAUUUUAAUAAAAUGUACAAUGAGGCUAUAAAUAUUUGUAAAGAAAAUAGCAUAUCAAUACCAAAUGAACAUAAUGAACAUAGUAAAAAAAAAAGAACAAAAAAAGUCCCCGAAAAAUUUAAACAGUACAUAUUUACUGAAAACAGUUCUUUAGAAACUAAUUGGGUUUCAUCAAAAAAUGGUUUACGCCGACAUGUAUACCUACCUGCCUUGGAUUAUAUAAUAAAAGAACUAGAAGCACGAUUUAUAGAUAAUUAUGAUGUAUUAUCAUCAAUAUCUUACUUACAUCCCCAAAAUUCACAGUUUUUAAACUAUGAUAAUUUGAAACCUUUAGCUGCCCAUUAUAAUCUUGAUCAAGACAAUCUAAAAGCAGAACUAAAAAUUUUACCUACAACAAUUAAAAAAUAUCAAAUUCAUUAUAAUAUUAAGGUAAACAACCUAAUGAACCUAAUUGAACUACUUGAGAAGUAUAAGUUAGCUUUCAAUGAAACGUAUAAGCUAGCUAUUAUAAUAAUAACUAUUCCAGUAUCAAGUGCAGCCUGUGAAAGAACUUUUUCAUGUCUGAGGCGACUGAAAAAUUAUAUGAGAAAUCGAAUAACAAAUGAACGUUUGAACAAUUUGUCUUUAAUAAGCAUAGAAAAAAAAAUUUCUAAAAACUUAGAUUUAGAUACUUUUAUUAUAUUUACUAUCAAUUCAAUACCAAUGGGUAAAGUUAGUGGAGUUGGUGUAGUCAAGAAAGCAAAUCGGGUUCGUAGAGUAUUUUGUCCCAUUUGGAAAAGACCUAAUCAUAAGAACUGCAACUGUUUGGCUGACGAAAAUGAGAUCAACGACAUAACUGGAUAUGAAUGUAUAAUGACUUCAGAGAAACAAUUACCAAAAAUCAAGUGUAAACGAGUACGACCAGAAAACACUAAAAUAGUUGAAAUCAAUUAUCAACCGAGCACAGAGAAAAAUCUUGGUAUUGAUAAUCUAAAUGUUUUUAUUAAUCAUCAAACAAUUUGUAAUCCACCAUCAACAAUAUUAUUGGGUUUGACUAUUAGUAAUAUGAUUUUUGUUCUUGCUCCAUCAAUUUCAAUUAUCAUUGCCCUUUCAACGUUAGCCACCAUUCGAUCAUCAUCUACUUUAGCAAGAGUACAUAAACGUAAACAAUCCUCUAUUGCUAAUUUUCUACCAAGAAAAAUGACACUAGAUGAAAAGAAAUGCUUGGAUAAUGCAUUACUGAAUAUGAUUGUGACUGAUUUUCAAUCAUUUUAA